GAUCCUGACCAGACUGCGCGGAUGCGCAGGCUGGUCUGGAUCCAUGCUGGUCGCAAACCCACUAUGUUGGUUUUCUCAUGGCACGGCUCAUAUAUAUCUAAAGGGUCAUUAAAGCAGUACUAUGAUCUGUAAUUUUGCAUUCGGCUCUCAUGAGGUUCCCAGACCGGAUCACAAGCAAACUGUCUCGUGGAGUCGUGGGAUAGUGUUAAGCGCAUUAUGAAAAAUAUCUUAAACCAAAAUAUACAGACACACGUAAAGUUAUUUAUAUUUAUGAUUUUUGGUUAUUUAUUUCUAUGAUAAUGAUUACAGUCAGUUCAUUCGAAGCUUCUCCUGAGAGUUUUGCUCCUUACAGCUACGCAUGUAAGUAUAGUUCGAACUUACAUAAGCGUUAUGCGGAAAUCGCCGAAACCCUUGGUUUACACAACAAUUUAGAGACACCAUGCUUUGGUCGUCUGAAUAUUCAUAUAUGUCAGCAGAGUCAUUGUAAGAAAAGUCUAACUGUAACAGAAGUAAUUUCAACGAAAGGUUGUAAGACUUUACUUGAGAAAGGACACUUCGAGUGUAAGAGUUUAAGAUCAUUUUUAGAAAGGAGUGCAACUUCGAAAUCGGCAUAUAUGAAUCUUGUUGUGAUAAAUGAGGGUCCAGAGAAUUUGGAAGAAGUAACUGCACUUAACGAUAGACAUUGCAACAUGCUUUUAAUAGUAAUAGCAGAUGAAAACAGUGAGGGACUUGCAGAAUCAAAGUAUCAAGCAGAGAGAAGUGUAAACGGAAACAUAAUAAUAACAUCAAGAGCGAAGUUAAAUGAAGCUAUUGGUGAUGAACUGGAGCGAAUCGUCCUUAAAACUAUCAAGACAAAGUGCGAAAAUGUUGAUAAAUGGCUAAAUGAAAAGAAAUGUUUAGUUGUAAAUAAAGGUGCUACAUGUGGAAACAGGAAAAGAAAAUCAUUUUUUGACGCAUGCUGUAAGAUUAAAGAUAUAUACCGCCCUGGACUGCAUAUCAACGAUAAGGAAAACGAUCAGCAUUUUUGCGAUUCAUUUGCAUCAAGAGGUAUCAACGGUCACGUGUCAACCAAUAUUAAAGAUGCAACAUUUCAGAUGAAUAAUAAUAGAAAAGUGUGCUCAACGACAGGCGUCCAAGAUUAUGCAAACAGAAAAUAUCCAGUCAACACCAGUUUAUCCAGCCCUAUUUCGGAUAGACUGCAGGGUGUCGACCGUGAUACGCUUGAAAGUUUAUUAGCGGAAAUGAUUGCUCUCUAUAAUAAUAGUAAGGUCCCUGAUUACGAACGACCCCAAGUUUCCCAGUAUGAAGAAAAGGAAAUUAGCGAAGAGCUCAGAAAAGAAUUACAAGCUAUUUCUUCUGUAAUAGGAGUUGGCUAUCGUUUUACCUGCUUCGUCGUGUACGUUGAAAGAGGCGAGAAAACGGAGUAUCAGCAGCAGAAAAUACGCUCUAUUUUAGAGGGUAAUGAAAUUCUUGAUUACGAAAUACAGUAUGUUUCAAAAUGCAAAAUUUUUUCUCGAGUUGGCAGUAAAAUACGGGCUACUAGAAAAUGCCAAGUUCGCGGUAAACCAGUGGAAGGAACUCUUGGAUGUUUUGCCAAAAAUAAGGACGCUAAAGAUAGAGACACAUAUGCGUUAAUUUCGAAACAUGUUGCUUCGUUUUGUGAUUCAUUUUAUAUCUCCGGUAGCUCUGCCUCUGAAAUUCUUGGAAAAGUAAUUCAGUCAAGUGUUUCAGAAACGGGUUUGGAUAUUGCAGCUCUUCGUCUUCGCAAUGUUCCAAAUGAAAAUAUCAGUAUCUGUGCCAAAUUUAAAUCAGAAACUACUGACGGUGAAUUUGCUUCCUACGGUGCUGUAGGAGAUGAUGUUUGUGAUCUUUUAAAAGGUAAACUUCAUACUUACUCUGAUUAUCUCGAACACGGCCAAAGAGAUCUAGUAUGUGAAGGACUGAACGUUUAUAUUUGGGGAGCUGUAUCAAAACCAGGUAAAGGUGUAAUAACGAUGCGUGCUUUUAAGAAAGGCGAUAUGAAAGCACUGAUUCUGGUCGAAGAUAGAAAGCCUAGUAAGAAAGGAGAUGCUCCCGAACGAUUUUGUAGUUUCGGUGACAGCGGGGCGAUAGUGUGUGCAGAAGACAGUCGUGGUGAAUUCGUCCAUAUUCUAGCUAUGCUAAUCGGAAUAAUAAACGAGGAGGAUAUUCAGAAGGAUCAAACAACAAGAGGGAAAUACUUAUCAGUUCCAUUGUCUAGCGGACUUCAGGAACUUGAUGAAAGGACGGGAUAUUCUUUUAAGAUUUUUGAAUGCAUAGACUAAGAAAUAACUUCUACUUCCCUUAACAUGUAUUCUAUACAGAACGACACGUUUUAGUAGAAAGUGGUAAAAAUAGUCCAUAAGACAAAUUUAACAAGAACCUGCAAACAAAGUAUAUUUACCGUGAAAUAUUAGAUGUUACUGAAAACGAAAACUGAAGAUAGAAAAGACAGACUAUAGAAGUAUUUAAUGUGUAUUUCCAAGCAUAUAACUAUGUAUAUUUAAUAUCCAAAGCCAAUCAAUUCUAUUGAAAUUGAUAUUGAUUGUAAUAUAAAAUACAGUAAAUUACCUUUAUUUUAAAUUCUUAA